AUGGUGCAAACUCGUCCGAUUGUCCCAGCCACAGUAACAACCCGAACACCAUCACAGAAUAAUACACUUUCACAAGUCAAAAUUACACUUCCCAUACAAGGAGGAACACCUGUAAACCUCCAGUUAUUUCUAUCUGGCACUGCUCAUUAUGUACUUGGUAAUUUUAAGAAUCUCCUGGUACUCUUUCUCUCUUUCUUUCUUUCUCUCUCUCUGGUUUGUUCUUUCUUUCUCUGUUUCUUUCUUUCUCUUUCUUUUUUAUUCCUUUUGUUUCUUUCUCUUUCUUCUUUAUUUCUUUUGUUUCUUUCUCUUUCUUUUUUAUUUCUUUUGUUUCUUUCUCUUUCUUCUUUAUUUCUUUGUUUCUUUCUCUUUCUUCUUUAUUUCUUUUGUUUCUUUCUCUUUCUUCUUUAUUUCUUUGUUUCUUUCUCUUUCUUCUUUAUUCCUUUUGUUUCUUUCUCUUUCUUUAUUUCUUUUUGUUCUUUAUUUCUUUGUUUCUUUUUCUUUCUUUGUUUCUUUUUCUUUCUUUGUUUCUUUUUCUUUCUUUAUUUCUUUUUCUUCUUUCUCUUUCUUCUUUAUUUCAUUGUUUCUUUCUCUUUCUUUAUUUCUUUCUUUUUCUUCUUUAUUUCUUUUUCUUCUUUAUUUCUUUUUCUUCUUUAUUUCUUUUUCUUCUUUAUUUCUUUUUCUUCUUUAUUUCUUUUUCUUCUUUAUUUCUUUUUCUUUUUUAUUUCUCUUUCUUUCUUUAUUUCUCUUGUUUGUUUCUUACUUCUUUGUUUCUUUCUUCUUCGUUUCUUUCGUUUCUUUAUUUCUUUCUCUUUCUUCUUUAUUUCUUUUGUUGCUCCAAAGCCACUUGCAAGUCAAGGCAGUACUGUUACGCCAACAGUCCAACGUAUCAUUCUGCCAGCUACGAGCAAAAUCGGGAUUACUCCAGCCACCCCUUCUAACUCCACAUCUUCAGGUCCAUCGUCGACACUUACGCAGAUCCGGCCAACUUUGUCAGGAACAGGCUCUACUGGGCCUGCCUUGACACAUCUUCCACCUGGCACAACAAUCUUUUCUACCGGGAAUAAUGUACCUGGAUGUACACUUGUUCCCACAAUGUAUAUUACACAGGUACAGCAACAACAGAGUGCUAAACAACAACAGCAACCUAUUGUGAAUACCCAAGUACGGUCUGAGUUUAUCCCUAUUGCUAGUAAUGAUCCUGUGGUAACCGCAAAUACCUUAGCUAGGAAUACUUUAAAUGGUACUACAAUUGAAGCAACUGGUGCCAGACCAAGGAAACCGUGUAAUUGUACAAAAUCCCAGUGCUUAAAGCUGUAUUGUGAUUGUUUUGCCAAUGGAGAAUUCUGUCAUAACUGCAAUUGCACAAACUGUGCCAAUAAUUUAGAACAUGAAGAGGAACGGUCUCGUGCCAUUAAAGCCUGUCUCGAUCGGAAUCCUAUGGCAUUCCAUCCUAAAAUUGGUAAAGGUAAAGGUAAAGAUGGUGAUGGUGACAGAAGACAUAAUAAAGGUUGUAAUUGUAAACGAUCAGGCUGCUUGAAAAAUUAUUGUGAAUGUUAUGAGGCCAAAAUUAUGUGUUCUAGUAUAUGUAAAUGUGUUGGGUGUAAAAAUUAUGAAGAAAGUCCAGAACGCAAAACUCUGAUGCAUCUUGCAGAUGCUGCAGAAGUGCGCGUGCAGCAGCAGACUGCAGCAAAAUCAAAGCUGUCUUCCCAAAUAUCGAGCUUACCCUCACGACCUCCGAUCUUUGCUGCAACGGGGGAAAAAUUGCCUUAUACAUUUGUUACAAAUGAGGUUGCCGAGGCAACCUGUGCUUGUUUGUUGGCACAGGCAGAUGAGUCAGAUCGGUUAAAAAUGCCACCAGUUGUUCAAGAACGGAUGAUUAUUGAAGAGUUUGGUCGAUGUCUCAUGCAAAUUAUUGACUCAGCCAACAAAACCAAACUUAAAAUGGAUUCAGAUUCCGGCUGUUGA